UCCCGCGUGCAUCCAUAACUCAAUAGUGCACGCUAUGGCGUUUACCAUUUGUUAAUUAUACGGUGUUUAUUCGAUUAAAACGCCUGUUUGUCUCUUGUCCCUUCAUUGACGUCACUCCUGUUGAGUUUUUAUGAUCCCAUAAGGCCAAGCAAAUAGUGGGAAUGCUUGGUAACCGCGCAAUACUUAUCAAACCGUAAUGGCGUCGAAGAGCGCCAAAUUUUGUUGUCAACAACAAGAAAAUUGUUGUGUGACCCAGUGAGUGGUUUUUGAUUCUUCCAGUUCAUUUGUAGAAUCACGGUAAUAAUGCUGUGCGAAGAACAAUAUGUUUUAUGAAACCUUGGGUUUAUAAGAAUAUUUUACCGGUUGAGUAAAGGACGAAAAAAAAUGUCUGCUAAAAAUAAGAAAUUUGAACGAGGAUCGGUCACUUCUGGCUCGUCUGAAAACUUGUCGGCAAAGAGACUUGGCUCAGCUAAGGUAAACAGGCCUAGUUCUGCAGAUGGAAGCAAAUAUUCAGCGCGAUCUACGGCAAGUUUGGAUUCGGAUGUGAGUGACUUUCUGUCAGUCACUGGAACAAGUAAAGUUCCUCAAAAAUCUGGACAACAUAAAAGGAGUGGAAGUGCAGGCUUUGUCAGGUCACGGCACAAUGAGGUUCAUGUAUCUGGGAGUGACAGUGACAGCACAAGAACCAGCAGUAGCUCAGGAACAAGAAGAAAGACUGCAAACACAAAAAAGACUGCAACGACAAGGUUUUCUGAGGAUCAUAUCCCUCUUAUUAUGUCACAAGCCAAAGCUAGAGCUAAACCUAAACUGGCCACAACUUUUCAGCGACAUACCAAUGCUGCCAAGGCCAGCCCUGGCGCUCUGCCAGACAGACCAUCAGCAUCAUCCCAGAAUAACUUACAGCCUGACGAGGUUGAUGAGUGGUGGCUGUCAGUUGCUGAUCCUACACCAGUCCCUCCAUUGUUUCUGCAGUCCCCUACAGAAUUGAACAAGGAAAAUGACUGGUGGCCUGGUUCGAACAAGACAAGCAAUCACGUGGGUGAGGAUUUUCUGUUGGGUGAUGUCAGUAAUGCCCGGCCUGUCACGAACAAUUUUGAUCAAAGUGAUCCUGACUUUGACAUGCUUGAAGGAAACUCCAGAAUCAAACCUGACAAGUCAACUACAAGAAGGGAAGACAUACCUAAACUAUUUCUUGAUGAUCUUCUGGAAGACGAGGGUGACAGCAGGCGUAAGAAGGCUGCUGUGAGCAUUCAGCGCUGGUUCCGUGGAUGGAAAACCAGGAAGCAGCUUAGUGGACAGAAUGCUGUCAAGGAAUUGUUAAGUCAAAAGAAAAUGGAAAAGGAGAAAGAGAUGUUCGGUGACCAUACAAGCAUGCAAACUGAGGAAGAACUUAAAGAUCAAAAGGAAGAUGAAAAGAGAAAAAGACGUGAGGAGAAAGCAAGACUAGCAAGACAAGCUGCUAUACAGGAACUACAGAAAAAGAGAGAAGAAAAACGACAUGAGAACCAAAGAAAGGCAGAAGAAGAAUUGGUUUUCCUCCAAGCCAGUGGAAAAGUUAGUAAAAAGAAAUCAGGGAACUCUUUAUCAGCGACAAAGCCGAAACCUAAGGGAAAGAAGAGCACAGGUGUUGGUGUGUCUAGCAGUGCUGUAAAAAAUAACGAGGCAGUAAGUUCUAUUGAAACAGCAUCAAGACCUGGGACAGCCAGUAGUGUUGGAAGGAAGGUUGAUGAACUAUUCCAGGAAUCUCGAGAAUCACAAGUGAGUGCUGCUGCCUCUGCUGCUGAUGAGCAAGCCACAGGACCUCUCUUCUCUGAUCGCACAGAUGACACAGAUAAAACAGUAACAAGCUCCCAGGUUGGUGGAGAAAGUAAGACAACCUUUGAUGAUCUCCUUGAGUCCCUCAAACAACUGGAGGAAGAACCACCAAGUCUACUACCCAUGGAGGAGAACAGUGCACCUAAAUUUGGUGGAUGGGGGCAAGAUUUUGAAGGUGGUGAUCAAGACAAGCCUUACCUCUCUUAUGCUUCUCUGGACCAGUUGAACAAAGCCAAAUUAGAGAGUCAAGGCCAGUCAGGUGCUGCUCUAUCAGCUGAAAAACUAAGGAGUAUUUUGACAUUCUUGGAUGAAGUGGAGAAGGCCGAAGACGAUGCUGUCAGCGAGAUAGGUCAGCUUACUUUUGAAGCUCAUAAUGAAGUUUGUUCACAUGUUCUUCUGUGUCAUUACUCCUAUUUAAUGUUUAAUUCACAGGAAGAACUUAAAGAUCAAAAGGAAGAUGAAAAGAGAAAAAGACGUGAGGAGAAAGCAAGACUAGCAAGACAAGCUGCUAUACAGGAACUACAGAAAAAGAGAGAAGAAAAACGACAUGAGAACCAAAGAAAGGCAGAAGAAGAAUUGGUUUUCCUCCAAGCCAGUGGAAAAGUUAGUAAAAAGAAAUCAGGGAACUCUUUAUCAGCGACAAAGCCGAAACCUAAGGGAAAGAAGAGCACAGGUGUUGGUGUGUCUAGCAGUGCUGUAAAAAAUAACGAGGCAGUAAGUUCUAUUGAAACAGCAUCAAGACCUGGGACAGCCAGUAGUGUUGGAAGGAAGGUUGAUGAACUAUUCCAGGAAUCUCGAGAAUCACAAGUGAGUGCUGCUGCCUCUGCUGCUGAUGAGCAAGCCACAGGACCUCUCUUCUCUGAUCGCACAGAUGACACAGAUAAAACAGUAACAAGCUCCCAGGUUGGUGGAGAAAGUAAGACAACCUUUGAUGAUCUCCUUGAGUCCCUCAAACAACUGGAGGAAGAACCACCAAGUCUACUACCCAUGGAGGAGAACAGUGCACCUAAAUUUGGUGGAUGGGGGCAAGAUUUUGAAGGUGGUGAUCAAGACAAGCCUUACCUCUCUUAUGCUUCUCUGGACCAGUUGAACAAAGCCAAAUUAGAGAGUCAAGGCCAGUCAGGUGCUGCUCUAUCAGCUGAAAAACUAAGGAGUAUUUUGACAUUCUUGGAUGAAGUGGAGAAGGCCGAAGACGAUGCUGUCAGCGAGAUAGGUCAGGCGCGGGAUGGUGCCAUAUCUCGUGGAUUACCAUCAUCAAGCACCUCAGCGUCUGUAGCAGUUGAUAGGGAGAAGGACGAAGCCGCCCUGGAGUCGGCCGCAGCUGCAGCCUCUGACGUUACAACAGCCAUGAUGGCGGUGAAGAUAGAAUUAGAAGAGAAGAAAAGAACUAAUGACUUGCUUCAGAGAGCCUUGAACCAACAGCGUGAAUUCACGUUACGACAAGCCAAGGAGAUGGAGAAAGACGCCAAACAGCGCCUGGCGAUACAGCGACAGGAGUACGAGGCAGCGAUUCAGAGACAUUUGUCGUUCAUUGACCAACUCAUCGACGACAAAAAGGUUCUUGGCGAGAGAUGCGAGGAAGUGGUGAACAAACUUAAAAGUACAGACAAGAAGUAUGGAGAUAAAGUCAAACAAAUGGAAGAAAAUCAUCAAGUUGAAUUGAAGAAACAGAAGGAAGUUAUACUGGCGGCAGAGAAACUCAGACGAGAGAAAUGGAUAAAUGAUAAAACUCAGCAAAUCAAGGAAGUCACUGUCAAAGGAUUGGAGCCUGACAUCCAGAAGCUGAUCGCAAAACACAAAGCGGAAUUGAAGAAACUCAAAUCUACCCAUCAGGCGGAGUUACUUGAAGCUGAUGAACGUGCAGGUAGAAGAUAUAUUCAACAGAUAGAAGAAUUAAGAGAUCAACUGGAAAGAGAAAAGGAAAGCGCCUGCUCGCGGGAGAGAGAACUCUCUCAACAAAGAUAUGAGAAGCAGCUGGAGCAAGAGGAACAAGCCUUUCAGCAGCAGAGACGGCGGCUGUACGCUGAGGUGCAGGAAGAGAAGGAGAGAGUAGCACUGCAGGCUCAAAAGCAGCGGCAAGAACUGGAUGAGGCACGAGCAGCCCUGGAGGAGUCCCAUAAGAAGUCUAUUCUGGAGAUGCAAACAUCCCAUCAAAGAACAAUCGAUGAUCUGGAAAGAAAACACCAGUUGGAAAUGAACGAGUUGAAGGAAAGACUGGAGAUCGAGAAGCAAGGCUGGAUUGAGAACUACAUGAAGAAACAGGACGCCAUGCUAAUGACUAAAGAGCGGGAGUUGAAAGAAGCAGUCCGCGAGGGCCGUGAUAGGGAAAUUGAAAUGGUGAUUUCAAGACUGGAAGAAGAGACCUCGCUGGCGAGAGAGGAAUGUGAACGAGCUGCAGAGAACAGAAUCAAGCGGGUGAGAGACAAAUACGAAUCUGAACUGAAAGAACUGGAGGAAUCUGAGAGGAAUAUGCAGGAGAAAUACAACAACAUGAAGGCUCGGUUAUCCGAGGUUGACGGAGAAAAUGCGCGGUUAAAAAGCACGGUGAAACAGAAGGACGAAGAAGUGGAGGGAAUCGACAAAGUGGCCAAAAGACUGCAGGAGGAAAGAGGAAAAGUGGCUGACAUCAUUCGACAGGAGUUUGCUGACAGGCUUGUGACAACUGAUGAAGACAACAAGCGUCUGAAAACUGAACUGAGUGAAAUGAAGGCUCGACACAGACUGGAAAUAGAACGGGUCACUAGAGAGAAGGAGCAGGAGAUGGAUGAAGUGCAUAAGAGGGUGAAGCAGGCCAUCGCCAAAAAGGAGGAAACAUUGAAAACUUUACGAGAACAACACCAGGCGGCCAUGAAGCGAGCGGAACAUUUGGAAUUUUUACUCCAAGAGCAAAGAAAGAAGUUACUGUCUUGAAGCAGUAUUGUCUUAAAUUCGAACAGCGACGGCUGAUUGCAACACUCCUCCGGUUUCCAUGACAGUCGGAAGCCCUUCGUCCAGUCGUUAGCCUGCGAACGUCUCCGAAGUGUUGCCGAGUUUAUCCGAAGUCAGUAUACGACAUAGAGGCAGUCACCUGGCUUGUGUUAAUGAAUCAACAAUCCCUGUCAUUACUACCGUCGCCUCAUCAAUCAGAUUAUGGGCAUCGUUCGUAUUCACAGACCAUAAAGCACUGUAAAAUAUUCGGAGAAAAAUUAAACAAAGAUGGAUUAA